UAAAUGUUCAACAAUCCUACGCUGUCCGAAUGGCUUGAGAUUUCCACGAUACCUACGACGUACACGACGUAUACGACUUGGCGUGAUGCCGCACGCAACCAAUGGCACGGCGAACGGCGCCACGAACGGUGUCACGAAACGGGGGGUGAAUGGUAAUGCAAGCAGUAAGACGGACUACACACGAUGGCGGCUCAAGGACGACCGGGGUUGCCAGACAUGGCACUACCUGCAAAGUGACGAGGAGCUGAAAGAGUGGCCGCAGAGUGCGGCGGACCGGUACUUUCUGGGCAUGGAGACGGGCCUCCCCGAUCUCCCACCCGCAAAGACGCCGCUCGACGCCGCCGAGAACGGGCUCUCCUUCUUCUCCAAUCUGCAGCUGCCGCCAGGCAACUGGGCCUGCGAGUAUGGCGGGCCCAUGUUUCUCCUGCCGGGCCUGAUCAUCACCUGGUACGUCACCGAGACAGCGAUCCCGCCCGAGCGCGCCAUCGAGAUUAAGAACUACCUCUUCGCGCGCGCGCACCCCGACGACGGCGGCUGGGGGCUGCAUAUCGAGGGCGAGAGCAGCGUCUUCGGCACAGCCAUGAACUACACCGUGCUGCGCAUCCUUGGCGUCGACGCAGAGGACCCGCGUAUGCGCAAGGCACGCAGUACGCUGUGGAAGCUCGGCGGCGCCCUGAGAGGCCCGCACUGGGGCAAGUUCUGGCUGAGCGUGCUGGGCGUCCUCGAGUGGGACAUUGUGAACCCUGUGCCGCCGGAGCUGUGGCUGCUGCCCGACUGGGUGCCCAUCGCCCCGUGGCGCUGGUGGAUACACAUGCGCCAGGUUUUCGUACCCAUGUCGUUUGUGUACUCGCGGAGGUGGUCAUAUCCAUUGAACGACCUGACGCGGCAGCUGCGGUCGGAGCUGCUCACCCAGCCGUUCGACACCAUCACAUUUAGCGCCCAUCGUAACGAUAUUUCGCCCAUGGACGACUACCAUCCCAAAACCUGGAUCUUAAAGCUGAUCUUCUGGUUCGUGGUUGUUCUCUGGAAUCCGUACCUGCGGCCUGCGUGGAUGAAGGAGCGUGCUGAGAGCCAUGUGUGGUGGCUGAUUCAGGCAGAGGAUAAGAACACGGACUUUGCGAAUCUUGGACCCGUCAACGGACCCAUGAACACGCUGGCGUCGUAUAUCAAAGAAGGCCCUGACGGGCACGCCUUCCAGGAGCAUCUGAAGACACUGCCUGAAUUUCUCUGGGUCAAAGACGAAGGCAUGCUUAUGAACGGCACAAACGGAGUGCAGACGUGGGACACGGCGUUUACAGUUCUGGCCGGCGACUCGUGCGACUUCCUCUCGCAAGACAAGUACCGACCCAUGUUCACCAAGGCGCUGGAGUUUCUCGAGGACCAACAAAUACUGGCUGAAGUCGACGAUCAGCAGGCAUGCUACCGCCAGCAGCGCAAGGGCGCCUGGGGAUUCAGCACGCGCAAGCAAGGGUAUACCGUUAGCGACUGCACAUCGGAAGGGCUCAAGGCCGUGCUGAUUCUGCAAAACAAACACAAAUACCCAACGCUGCUCGAAGAGCGACGUCUGAAAGACGCCAUCGACGUUCUCCUGACCAUGCAAAAUGCCUCCGGUGGUUGCGCUUCCUAUGAACCCACCCGCGGCUCAGAACUCCUUGAGCACCUCAACGCUGCAGAAGUCUUUGGUCGCAUCAUGAUUGAAUACGACUACGUCGAAUGCACAACCGCAACCGUCACUGCCCUGCAGAUGUUCCAGCAAUACUACCCCUCCUAUCGCGCCGCCGAAAUCGCCACCUUCCGCACCCGCGCUGUCGACUAUAUCCGCUCCGCACAGCGCCCCGACGGCUCCUGGUACGGCGCCUGGGGCAUCUGCUUUACGUACGCGGCCAUGUUCGCGCUCGAGUCACUCAAGAGCGUCGGCGAAACGCACGACAACUCCGAGCGCGUCCGCCGCGCGUGCGCGUUCCUGCUCGACCACCAGAUGCCCGACGGCGGCUGGGGCGAGACGUACAAAUCGUGCGAGACGGGUGUGUACUGUGCGCACGAGCGCAGCCAGGUCGUGCAGACGGCGUGGGUGGUGAUUGCGCUGCUCGAGGCGGGGUUCCCACACCAGGAGCCGCUGCGCAGAGCACUGCAGAUGAUUGUGAGUCGCCAGAUGCCCAAUGGCGAGUGGAAGCAGGAGGCGAUUGAGGGUGUCUUUAACAAGAGCUGUAUGAUAUCCUACCCGAACUACAAGUUCAUCUUCCCCAUCAAGGCGUUGGGUAUGUAUGCAAAACGCUUCGGGAACGCGCCGUUAUAGAGAAGGAGUAAUGCAGGGACGAUGCCACUAUGAAUGAAGAUUAGCAGUAAUACGGCGCACGCGUACACACGCUGUGUCAACCAACACCUUGCUUUUCCCGCC